AUGGCUGCUGAGAACUCCUCUUCUGUGACAGAGUUUAUCCUCUCAGGCUUAACCAACCAGCAGGAACUCCAGAUCCCUCUCUUCUUCCUGUUUCUGGGUUUCUAUGUGGUCACUGUGGUGGGGAACCUGGGCUUGAUAAUCCUGAUUGGGCUGAACUCUCACCUGCAUAUUCCCAUGUACUUCUUCCUCUUCAACUUGUCCUUCAUAGAUUUUAGUUUCUCUGCUGCCAUCAUUCCCAAAAUGCUGAUGAGUUUUGUCUCAAAGAACAUCAUUUCCUAUGCAGGGUGUAUGACUCAGCUCUUCUUCUUUUGUUUCUUUGUCUUUUCUGAGUCUUUCAUCCUGUCAGCGAUGGCGUAUGACCGCUAUGUCGCCAUCUGUAACCCACUGUUGUACGUGGUCUCCAUGUCUCCCCAGGUGUGUUUGCUCCUUUUGUCAGGUGUCUAUGGGAUGGGGGUUUUGGGGGCUCUGGCCCAUACAGGAAAUAUACUGUUUCUGACCUUUUGUGCAGACAACCUUAUCAAUCAUUAUAUGUGUGAUAUCCUUCCUCUCCUUGAGCUGUCCUGCAACGGCUCUUACAUAAAUGUACUGGUGGUCGUCAUUGUUGUGGCCAUUGGCAUUGGGGUGCCCAUUGUUGCCAUUUUUAUUUCUUAUGGUUUUAUUCUUUCCAGCGUUCUUCAUAUCAGCUCCACUGAGGGCAGGUCCAAAGCCUUUGGUACUUGCAGUUCCCAUAUAAUUGCAGUUUCUCUUUUCUUUGGGUCAGGAGCUUUUAUGUAUCUCAGACCACCUUCUGUUUUACCCCUGGACCAGGGGAAAGUGUCGUCCCUGUUCUAUACCAUUGUUGUGCCCAUGUUCAACCCUUUAAUCUAUAGCCUGAGGAAUAAGGAUGUCAAACUUGCCCUGAAGAGGACCUCGGGCAGAAUAAGCUUCUCUUGA